AUGUCGGAAGAGGAGAAUCAAGACAUUCAACUAAAAUCCAUUUCGCCUAAGUACCGUGAGGGUGCAGGUGAGGCCAGCUCUGAUCAUCUACUGCUGAAUUCACACCACGAAAGACAUGAUGAUUCCAACAACAAAUUAUCUAGUGCUAGUACCAUUGCCAACAACUCACCGACCACAAAAAUUACCACAGUUACUGAGAAUUCAAGCAGCAAGGCCACACCACUGGCUAGUAUUAAGGAAGUUGAAGUUGAAGUGGAUGGGUGCUAUGGAAUUUUAGUUGCCAUUGCCUCCUUUCUUAGCUGCUAUGUCGUUGGAUUGGUGUUCAUUGCCUUUUCAAUACUUUAUCCUGAACUGGUUAUCUAUUUUGAGGCCAAAAAAGGCACAAUUGGUUGGAUUGGAUCUUUGUAUUUGGCAACAGGAAAUCUUUGUGGUAUUAUGUUGGGAGUUGGCAUUCAGUAUUUUGGGUGUCGGGUGGUUGCUAUUGCUGGUGCAUUCGUGUGGAGUCUUGGUUUUUUCCUCAGUUCAUUUGCCAACAAUGUGGUCACAUUGUAUUUUAGCUAUGGAAUUGUUGGAGGAGUUGGGUUUAACAUGGUGACGAUAUCAAGUUUUGUGAUAGUGCAGAAACAUUUUAAGAAGUACAGAUCACUGGCAGCUGGCUUGGCGGCAGCUGGAAUUUCGCUCGGAACCAUCACAUCUGGUCCACUUACCGGCUUCCUCAUUGGCUACUAUGGCUGGAGGGGGGCGCUGACCAUUUUGUCAGGGCUCACUCUUAACUGCUGUGUCUUUGGAUCAUUUUAUAGGUAUCCCAGAGCUAUCAAAUCAAAAGUUAUCACAAUAGGAGAGGAACCAAAUAACAAAAUAAAAACCGUCAGCUUAAAAACAUCUGCACCAACAUCGCUAACAAUAACAACGGAAAAAAAUAACUCAACAACACCUAAACAACAACAACAACAACAACCUCAAAAUAAACAGCUUAGUCUGAUGACAAAAAAACUCUGCAAAGAUCUUUCUGAUCUUUCAUUAUUCAAGAACAAACAAUUCACAGCUGCCUGCAUAGCAACAUUACUCUUCAACCUGGGAACCAGCAUGUUCUACCAACACACACCUAGUCGUGCACUGACCUACGGAAUUGCCAAACAACCAACUUACCUCAUCCAGUCAGUUGUCGGUUUUGUAACGUUAACGGCUCGAAUUGUUGGAGCUGUGGUCGGUAAUUGUAAAUGUACAGACAGGAUAUUACAGUACGGGCUGUCGAUACUUCUCGGUGGCCUCUGUUUGGUCUUCACUUCACCUGCCACCACCUUUCUUAGCAUCUGCGUCAUUGCAUCUUGCUGUGGGUUUGCUGCAGGUCUGACCAUGACAAUUCAGACGACGGUGAUGACAGACAUUGUUGGGGUGGCCCUCAUACACAGGGCACAGGCAUUCAUACUGGUCUUCAUGGGCUUAGGGGCUCUCAUCAGUGUACCCCUUGCCGGAUCUAUCUACGAUUUAACAAAAGACUACAACAUCCCAUUCUUCCUGUUUGGUUCCUUCCAAAUUUUCGGAGGCCUCAUCAUGGUUGUAGCCCACAUAGUCAUUAAAAUUGCAUCAAAGCGUAUUUUGGAAGCUCCACCAAAAGUUUAA